AUGGCUAGAAGAACUAAAUCAGUUUGUAAGCCAGAGGUGAUUCAGGAAUGUCAAUUUGAAGAGUUGGAACAUGCAGAAAUGAAAUCAGAUGUCAGUGAUAGCUCAGAGAUGCAGGUCACUAGGAGUGAGAACACAACUGUUCCAUCAGCACAAUCAGUUGCUGAACCACAAGUUGACGGGGAUGUGUCAGAAGCAGAAUCAAACUGCUCUUCUGUGUCUGGUCUCCAGACACCUUUGUUUGUAAGAGUAACACGGAGGCGACAGAUUGUAAUUCCUUAUCAACCAGAUUCUGCUGGCAAAAAAAGACAUGACAAUACAGCUUUUGUGGGAUCUGCUGAAAUUAGUACUCCUGUGACUAGGAGGAUGGCUAGAAGAACUAAAUCAGUUUGUAAGCCAGAGGUGAUUCAGGAAUGUCAGUUUGAAGAGUUGGAACAUGCAGAAAUGAAAUCAGAUGUCAGUGAUAGCUCAGAGAUGCAGGUCACUAGGAGUGAGAACACAACUGUUCCAUCAGCACAAUCAGUUGCUGAACCACAAGUUGACGGGGAUGUGUCAGAAGCAGAAUCAAACUGCUCUUCUGUGUCUGGUCUCCAGACACCUUUGUUUGUAAGAGUAACACGGAGGCGACAGAUUGUAAUUCCUUAUCAACCAGAUUCUGCUGGCAAAAAAAGACAUGACAAUACAGCUUUUGUAAAUAAGUUAAGUAGGAUUCUGGAUGAAGAUGAUGUCUCUGAAGCUGAGUCUUGUUCCUCUGCUGUUUCUGGUGUCCAGAUGCUUAAUGUUCCCACAAGUACAAGGAGCAGACAAAGUAAAAAGAAAUUGCAGCCACACAGAGGUCGUGAAGCCCAGAGUGAGGAUACUUCUGAUGCGGAAUCACGUUGCCCAAGUUCUCUCGUGGAACCAUAUGUCACUCCAAAACGAGUUACUAGGAGCAUGCAAAUGAAAUCACAAGCAGAAAAUACUAAGCAGACUCAGAAAAAAAAAGUAUUUGUUUCACAAGAUGAGAAUUUAAUUGAGGACACUGUUAAAUCUGAUCCCAUCAUAAUUCCUGAUUCUGAUCCCAUCGUAAUUCCUGAUUCUGAUCCCAUCAUAAGUCCUGAUUCUAGGCCUACUGCAGAACUUGUCAAUGACACGGAAGAAAAUGCUUCCACCCUCAUUGAUGGUAAUAAAGAACCCAGUUCACCCAAAAGCAAAUGUGCUAGUGCAGCCUGGAGUGAAGACACAAAAGAAGAGAUUUUAAAUGAUGUGGCAUGCAGUCUUACAAAAACAAAACAAAGUGACACUAAAUCACCUGUGAAAAAAACAAAAAAAAAUACCCUGUCUGUUGGGAUAGACCAUUCAGAAGCAAUAUCUGGCCAAAUACAAGAAGAUCACAGUAACAUACUUGCAGGAAAGGGGAAAUUAGAGCAUGUGUCUAUUUCUUUGACUGACUGCAUGAGUCCCAAACAAUUUCUAGAAUCCCAAGGACAAGUAACACCAAAUGAAAGUGAAAAAAUCACAGAAUGUGAAAGAGCAGAUGCUGAGGCAGAUGCACAGCAGUCUUUCUCGUGUGAUGAUAAAUUAAGGAAAAGUAAGCAAGCUAGUGCAGUGAGCAGCCCAUCCAUGGACAUGGCUGUUGCACAGACAACUGAAAGUACUGGUAAGAGCAGGAUGCUCAAAAUUGUUGGAGACAGUGGUGACAACCAAACAGAAGACUUUGAGGUGUCCCACAGCAGUGAAAAACCAAGUGGUGAUAAUAACUCUCUUGCAUUGUUUCUGAGCAACAGUGAAAGUGAUGACUCUGAAAAUAGUGAUGUGGCAGACAUAGAUACAGUUGAUGAGAAUCUGUGUUAUAAAAAGUCAGACGAGAAAACUCCUUCCCCCAAAAAAUCUUUAAAAAGUGGUUCACUGCAUGUUGAAGGUCUUUUUGUAAUUGAUACUGAGCCUGGCAUGAGUUCCAGCCAAAAGUAUUAUCUGGAUGAUGUAGACCAAGACAGUGAUGCUAAAAGUAAGGAUGAAGGAGGUGAAAAAGAUGAAGAAUCAGACUUGGAAGAGGAUGAAGAGGAAUUAAUAGAUGAAGAUGAAAAAGAUGAAGAUGAUGAUCUGUUGAAAAAUAAGGUUGACGUUUUACAUCUUUCCAGUAGCAUAGACCCUGGUUUGAAUAUCAAGAAGCUUGGAGGUUUAUAUAUCAGUUUUGAUGCAAAAAAUCAGAAGCCUGGAUCAAGUAUAAUUGAACCACUGAAGGAGAAGAUGAAGAAGAAGGACCAGCUCUUGCAGAACAGUAUAAUAACUCCAGACUUUGAAAGAAAGGAAUGUGUCCCACCCUACAGGGAAUCACUUCACCAGCUAAAGAAGCAGCGCAGGGCAGAGCGAGAGAAAACAACAGGUGAUGGCUGGUUUGGUAUGAAAGCCCCAGAAAUGACAAGUGAACUGAAAAAUGAUCUUAAAGUUUUGAAGAUGAGAGCUUCAUUGGACCCUAAGCAUUUCUAUAAGAAGAAUGACAGAGAUGGUCUCCCCAAGUACUUCCAGGUUGGAACUGUAGUUGAUUCUCCCAUAGACUUUUACCACAGUCGAAUCCCUAAGAAGCAGAGGAAGAGAACAAUUGUGGAGGAGCUGCUUGCAGAUUCUGAGUUCAGAAGAUAUAAUAAAAAGAAGUAUCAGGAGAUCAUGAGUGAAAAAGCAGCUUUUGCAGCAGGGAAGAGGAAUCGGAAGAAGAAGAAAUUUCACAAUUAA